AUGCAAGCAGCGCAGACGCACAGCAUGGCUCAGCCGGGCCACCACUACCAGCAAUUCGCGACUCUUCCUCCGCUGCAGACCGCCUUUCCUCCUCAGGCGCCUCAGUCUCAACCUCAGUCUGCCACUCACCCUCACCACCCCUCGGUGCAGCAGCUCAAGGAGCUGGAGCAGCACAUCCGCGCUGUCUACGGCGCCCACGCUCAGGUCAAGGUCAGCAUAGUGCCUAGCCCCGGCCCGUCGCCGCAGCGCGCUUCGCCCAUGGUGCCGCCCAUGGACCAUCUCGACCUCGCACCCAUGCCGUCCAACUUCAGCGACGCGCCGUGCGAGAUCACCCUGCAGCCUCCGCCCGAAGACCAUGGCUUCGCCAUGAACUUCAACAGCCAUCACGAGAGUGACAAUGGCUACGAGUCGUCGUUUUACUCGUCGGAUGCCAUCUCACCCGGCUGCUCACCUACUGCCUCACCGCGUCCGAGGUCAAUUGGCUCGUUCCAACACCAAGGUCACCUUGCUCCGGCACCGCCUCACCUGUCGCUGUCGCGGCGUCCCUCCCUUCUCCAGAACAUGUCGCGCAGCUCGACCGACAUGGAUGGUUAUCUCUCAUCCUCGCCCACCAAGGGUCCUCUUUCACCGCGCGCCAUGUCCAUCGCGGAUCUCAACCUUGAUGCCACGAUCGAGGAGACCGGCAUCUCGUCCGAAGAGGUGCAGGCCUACAUCAGUGAGCAAGAUCCCUCAAGUCACCGCUGGACUUGCCUCUUCCCAGAGUGCGGCAAGACUUUCGGUCGCCGUGAGAACAUCAGGUCACAUGUUCAGACUCACCUGGGUGACCGUCAAUACAAGUGCAACCACUGCCAGAAGUGCUUCGUCCGCCAGCACGACCUGAAGCGCCACGCAAAGAUCCACACUGGCGACAAGCCUUACAAAUGCCCUUGCGGCGCUGGCUUCGCCCGGCAGGACGCCCUUACUCGCCACCGCCAGCGCGGUAUGUGCGACGGUGCCUUCCCCGGCGCAGUGAAGAAGUCAGCCCGUCGUGGUCGUCCGAGGAAGAACCGUCCGGAGAUGGCUGAACGCCUCGAUAAGGCCAACAGGACCCGCCAGGCUCUGGCUGAUCCGUAUGGCUCGUCAUCCUCGUCUGGUCCUUCUCCCGGCUCGUCUGGAUACUCUCCCGUUGCAAACAUUAACGAGUAUGACUCGUCUCACUUCACCAACCUGCAGUCUCUGCAGACGUCUGACUCCCAGUCGUCGUCCUACAGCAUGUCCAACAGCUCAUCUCCCCCAGUGGAGGAGGCUAAAGAGUCCGACGAGGCUGAGAACGCUGAUGAGAACAACUUCGUGGACGACGCCGAGGCUCUCGAGAACGAUGACACCCUCGACCACGAUGAAGAUGCGUUCUUCCUCACGCAAGCGUUCGAGGGUGUGGCUACUCCGCCGCAGUCGCCUUCGCCUGUGCCUGCUGAUGUCAACGUGCUGCGUAUUCCGAAGGGCAACAAGAACGGCCAGAAGAAGCGCACUGUUUCCGGCCGCACUGUCUCAGCUGCAUACAGUACUCCUCCGACUUCGCCCGUUAUGGGCGGUAAGGCCGGCUUGGAUAAGGAGGAUGACUUGAACUUCGAGGAUGACUUCGAGUCUCUUCCCCCCAGCACGUUCGACCCAAGCAAUAACAUGUCGAACAUGUGGAACCCUUUCGGUAACGAUCCCUUUGGCAAUGAGCUCAUGAUCAAUACCUCGGGCUCAAACCAGGACGACUUCUCGUUCUUGGACAAUAUGGGCUGA